AUGCUUGGCCCUGUUUUAGGCGGGCAGUGCUGGCAGCCCCGCCCCUUGCUGGCCCUCCCCCACCAACUCUGGUCGACCCUCAGUCCCGUGCCAGCAACCCAACAGGUGGCUGACCCCCUCCGCCACCAGCAACGAUCUUUUUUUGGCCCUUUCCGAGGCUCCGACUUGGACGCUGUCGUUGAGGAAGCCGAUGCACACCCCAAUGAUGCCUCAAAACAGGCCCAAGCUCUUCAGCUCCUGGCCGAAGAGGAGCCGGAAGAGGCCAUCCGUCGAUUCACCAGCCAGCGCUAUGCCAGUGACGACGCGUGCAUCAAGCACUACAUUGCUGCCCUGGUCAACGCUGGUCGCCUUGAAUCCACUGACCUCACCCCCAUCCUGGCCAAGUAUUCCACGGCCAGUGCUGCAGCCGCCGCUGUUGCAGACAUGCCCCUCGCGUCCAUGGCCCCGAGACAGGCCAGCUUUGGUGGCAAGGAUACCGGCCGUGGUAGCGACUACUCUUACUUCAACGCCGGAAGCGAUAAGCAGAGCCGUG